AUGCCAGUGGAGACUCUGCACCCCUCAGACGGCCGCCUGGCAGCGGCUCCCUUCACCUCCGCCAUGCCGUUCAGGAUACUACAUAAGGGGCCCGACUACUUUCGACGCCAGGCUGAACCAGUUACCAGAAAGCUGAGCGCGGUAGAGCGUCUUGAGGCGGACAAGGCCAAGUAUGUCAAGAGCCAGCAGGUAGCGCUGACACGGCAGGCGCCAGUCAAGCCGCCAAUCAUCCGCAAACCUCUCGUUCCCCCGGCCAUGAUCCUGCAAUGCCAUAUGGGUGCUCCCCCUGCCCGAAAAGUUCUAAGGUGCCCCGCUAGUGUGGACAGUGCGGGCACAAGGGAAGGAUCAGGAGGGAGACGAGGACCCCCUCUUAAUUUGGAUAUUCUGAACAACCUUAUCAAUGACGUAUGUGAGGGCCCACUGCCCUCCUCGCAGUCGUCAUCAUCCACCUCCCCGUCGUCCUCGUCUCCUUCAUCAGGAGCCAAAAGCAUCGGCAGCAGCUUGUCGGCUGAGCACGAAAGGAGCAGCCGACUCCUGAACAACCUCAAACCACAGAGCGCCACCACUUCCUCAUCCACCUCCUCCUGCACGUCCUCCCCUCUCAACCCCAGUCAUCGUCCUCCACCCAUUCCAGCACGGGCUCCCCGCAUCUUCGUCCCUUCGGCCUAUGUCUCUCCGAAUACCGUCACGGUACGCAGAGUGGAUGUCCGACCCCACGCGGAAUUCGGGAAGCCCCAGAGGCCCCGACUCAGACCUCGACAAACUGCCCAGGGUCAAGUACCCCACCCCCAGGUCCCCCCACCACCUCCGCCAGCCCCCCAGAACCCAGCGCAGUCCAAAUCCAACACCACCACACGAACCAUGCCCUCACCUCCUUCUCAUCCGGCAGCUAGUCCGAUGCUGGUCCGAGCGGGCAUGAUCCCGCCGGCCUCGCCCGCUUUCACCCGCCUGUCCAACGCCAGUUCCAAGGGCUCUGCCCGUAAGCACCCUUCGUUGCACCGCUCCAAGUCAGACCUAAGCGACCGCUAUUCCCGGGCCACAGCAGACCUGGAGCGCUUCUUUAACUACUGCGGGCUGGAUCCCGACGAGGUGGAGGGCAUGGGUGGAGUGGAACGCUUUACUAGGGCCAACUCAGACAUCGUGUCCAUCUCCAAGAUGCGCAGUGUCAGCACGCCAAGCUCAGAGUGCGCGGACGAGGUGGAGAGAGGCCGGGAAGACUAUGAGGACGACGACGAGGACGGGCCCGCCAGAGGUAACCAGCGCGUCCCCUACGGCAUCUCUGUCAUCGAGAGGAACGCCCGAGUCAUAAAGUGGCUCUACGGCAUCCGACAGGCACGAGAUGCGAACGGCCCCGUUUCGAACGUAUAG